CUCCAAGGAGAGAGAGACCAGCUGAGAGCUCCAAGGAGAGAGAGAGACCAGCAUCAGCCAAGACGGACAGGUCAUUAUCCAGGAGAAGUCAGCCACCAGGGAUCAAAAGGAGAGAAGACGUCGUCCUCCGUAGACAGACCUGCCUCUACAGGAGAGCGAGCGGCAGGGUCCCAGAGAGAGACUGUAGCUGAAGACAGAGCAGCGGCGGUGGUGGUGGUGGUGAAGGAGGGUUCUGGUUCUGGAAAGACCAGAAAGAUCAGCAGAAAGAGUUCUGAGCCCACGACCCACCACUCAUCAGACCACUCUGUCACUUCAACUGGCAGCAGCAGGUCUGACCCGAGCCAGAGCCAGGGUGCUAUGUCAAAACCCCGGGACCUCCAGACCCAGAGGAGACCCAGUCCCGUCCAGUUCCCCAGCCCAGGCAGGGAGAGGAGGGACCGUGGGACCGGAGGAGUCCUCAUCCAGCCUCCACCCCGGUCCAAGUGGGAGAGAGAGGAGGAGGAGGAGGAAGAGGAGCAGCACUCAGCGUCCAGGGAGAAUGGGGCGUUGGCGGUUUCCUCCUCCGUGCCCAGAGACGCUCUGAGGAGAGAAGUCUCACCAGCACCGCCUAGUGGCCAAGGCAGGGAGGUGCAGGGUAGUGUCUCUAAAACAGCCAACACAGAGGGGAGGAGAGGGAGGGAGGAGGGGACUAGAAGGAGGGAGGAAGGCAGAGGGCUUAAAAAGGGGCAGGUGAACUUUAGAAAACCAGCUAAGACCGAAUCCAGAGGAGUGAAGGAGGAAGGAAGAGGAGGGGUAGGGAGGGAGGAGAGUCGAGGGGCGGGGCCAGAGCCAAGGCGACAGCGUCUGUGUUCUGACCUGGGUAGAGAGACGGACGAGGCAGCCUUCGUCCCCGACUACAGCGAAGGGGAGGGGUCAGACGGGAGCGGGGCAGUGGCCUGAGCCAUAGCCCCUCUCACAACACCCAGAGCCCCGCCUCCCAGAGCCCCGGCGGCUCCCCUAGCAACCACAGCGGCUCCACGGCGACGGACAAGAAGAAGAAGAAGAAACACAAGAAACAUAAAAAACACAAGAAGCACAAGAAGCAUUCUGCCGACGUUGAGCCUCCGUCGAAGGAAGGAAGGAACACAAACACAAGAACAAGAAGAAGAAGCACAGGAAGACUAAAGAGGAAGAGGGAGGAGGAGGGGAGGCAGAGAGAAGACCGGGCAGGAGUCAGCCACCAUCUGAGACCCUGCUAGCUCCGUUAGCAUCUAGCUCAUGGUUACAACCUGAGUUUUUUUCCUAGUUCAUGCUAGCUCUUUUAGCAUCUAGCUAAAGACUACAACUGAGACUGCUAGCUCAUGCUAGCUCCGUUAGCAUCUAGCUAAUGGUUACAACCCAAUUUUGCUAGUUUAUGCUAGCUCCGUUAGCAUUUAGCUAAAGGUUAAAACUGGACAAAACCUUCUUGGGGGAUACUUUGUCAAAUUCUUUUAAAUACUUAAGCUGAGCUGGAUAUUGUUUGUUUAUCUAUAAUGGAACCACUGGAAUAAGUGGAGCUCACCUCAGAUAUUUGUAAGUAUUUUAUGUUUUCUGUUAAUGUGAUGCUGUCUCUCUGAUGCAGGUUCUCUGUGAAUGUGUUUUUGUACAAAGAUGAUGCUGCAUUAUAUUCAAUUACCUGAUCUAUGACUAUAAGGUGUCUGAAACUCUGAAGUGUCCCAAAUUUAACCCUGUUCACUAUAUAGUACACUACGUUUG